AUGCAGAACGAACUACUCACGUUAAAUCCGCUAUUGAAAAGGUUGUAAAUGAUAUCCACCCUGACCUUGUUGUGAGGUCCCGGACUUCAUGGCCGGAACGACGAAUCUCCUGGUGGCGUCGAAGGUCCCGGGACCUUCGAAGAUCUAUACUGCUUUCUUCGUCUCCUUCCCCGCGGCCCCAUUUCUUGCUGAUUCCCCCAAUCCGCUGGAAUGUACCGCAGAUUAACUACUGCGAAAAUUUUCUCGAUUUACGCACGUCAUCGUCAUCCCAUUUACUGCAGAAGUUCCUCCAUAUGCUUAAACGACGGCGUACGGUAGCGCAAAUCUCCGCCGUGGAACCGCCAUGUCCGUUCUUGCUGUCCUCGUAUUUCUCGCCCUUAUUCGUUCCUCUCUUUCUUCCAGCAGUUUCAGUUUGCACAUAGACUGCGGCGGUCACGUGAACUCCACGGACGCCUUCGGCGUCACGUGGGUGUCUGACCGGUUCUUCUCCGGCGGGUUCCCCGCCGUCGUAUCGGAGCCUCUCCGGUUCCAUCACCAGCAGGAAAAGACUCUCCGGCACUUCCCCAUCUCCGCCGGAAAGAAGAAUUGCUACUCCAUACCCGCCGGCGCCGGCCGCUACUUGCUCCGGACAUUCACCGUCUACGAUAACUUCGACGGCAAGUCACACUCCCCGUCGUUCGACGUCUCCGUCGAGGGCAGUUUAGUCUUUUCAUGGCGCUCCCCUUGGCCGCAGUCCAUCUCCACCUCCGGCGCCUACUCCGAUCUCUUCUUCCACCACGACGAUUCCACGGCGGACAUUUGCUUCUACAGCAUCGCCACCGAUUCCCCCGUCGUCGCCUCUCUCGAAUUGACACAAAUCGACAACAGUUCCUACCCGUUCGACUAUCCAAAGAAUUCCACCGAUUAUAUAUUGGUUAAUUACGCCAGAUUUUCCUCAGGGCUAGGGCACUGGGGCCCCGGAUUCACCAACGACACCGACAUCUUCUACCGAUCGUGGCAAUCCGACGCAGAUUUCCGGCUGAAAUCAUCCUCAAUCACAAACGGCGCAACAAUCAAAGCGAUUUCAGCGAUUAAGAGCAUAACCAACGCGGAUCGAAGCCCUAAUUAUUUUCCCCCAAAACUUUACGAAACCGCAAUUACCGCAAUCGGAAAAGGAGGCGCUCUGGAGUACGAAAUUCCGGUCGACGCCAAGCUCGAUUACCUCCUCUGGUUCCAUUUCGCUGAGAUUGACGUCAGUGUGACGAAGAUCGGGCAGCGUGUCUUCGACGUGAAAGUGAACGGAGAGAAAGUUCUAACACUGGACGUGUUCAAAGAGGUUGGGGGUUUCGCUGCGUACGAUUGGAGCUACGUAGUUAAGAAUUUGAGCAGCACCAUCUUAACUGUCCGGCUUGAAUCGGUGGCCGGCGCUCCGCUCAUCUGCGGCCUGGAGAAUUACGCCAUCGUUCCCGUCGAUAUCCGAACUUCACCUGAUCAAGUUGUUGCAAUGAGGGCUCUAAAGGAGUCUCUCCGGGUACCCGAUAGAAUGGGUUGGAACGGCGAUCCUUGUGCCCCGACUGUUUGGGAUGCAUGGGAAGGUGUUACGUGUCAUCCAACAAAGGAUGAGACUGCACUCGUCGUGUCUCAAAUCGAUCUCGGGAGCCAAGGCCUGAAGGGUUAUAUAAGCGAUCAAAUUGGCCUCUUGACAAACUUGGUAAGCCUUAACUUGAGUUCGAAUUCUUUAGGAGCUAAUAUACCAUCGGGAUUGAGUCAAAAGUCGCUCGUGAAGCUGGACUUAUCGAAGAACAAGUUAACCGGGUCCAUACCCGACACUCUAACCUCAUCUUCUUUACAGCUCGCAUUAUUGAACGACAAUUUGUUGGAAGGCCAAGUCCCGGAGGGUCUUUUCUCCAUUGGAGUUCACGGUGGAGCUAUAGACCUGUCUGGUAAUAAAGGACUCUGCGGGGGUCCAUCUUUGCCCGAUUGUCCACUGUUUUGGGUGAAAAAUGGAUUAUCUCGGGGGGCCAAAGUCGCGAUUGUUGUAUCGUGUAUGAUACUGUUGUCGCUGCUCGUGCUCGGGAUAUACUAUUGCUGCAUUAGGAAGCACCACGACUACGAUUUCGGGCUCCCACCUGAGUUAACAUCUCUGGCGUCGAAUCGAAACCGAUAUCAAAGGCAGAAAUCGCUUAUGGCCCUGGAAAUGGAAAGCCAACAUGCGAAAGGGCUGAUACCAAAUUACAGUACAGAUUGAUCAGAUCAUUUUGUAAAUUCAAAAUUAUUUUUUUCGAUAGGUUUUUGGAUCUCAUUCAUAAAAUUAAGCAAAUAUUUUAGGUAUUUAUAGAUGUAACUUGUUCUGUACAAUGAAUGUUGUGUUUGUAAGAUAAUUGCAUACGUUGUUACGUGAAUGGGUUCUGUUGUUUAUUUCAAUUUCAUUACUAGAGAUGAUUU